AUGCGGCGCCAUGGCAGAGCUAGUGGUGGCUCAACAAAAGCCGUUCACCCCAUCUCCGACACCGCAUCGCUCUUACAUUCGUUCGAUUCCAUCACCAAUCCCAAUCGUCCCGUACGACCCUCGCCCUUGACCUCUUCUAAUAUUCAAGCUCUCCCGUUGGACCUCGUUGAUCGAUUGCGCUCCUUUCCCUUGUUUCAAUCCACGCCCGAAUCCUUCCUGGUCGAUGUCGGCCAGCAUCUGCGCCCACAGCUCCAUGCGCCCAACGACUAUAUCCUGACGGAGGGGGACGAGGCCAAGGCCAUCUACUGGCUGGUUCGGGGCGCUGUCUCCGUGACCUCGCGCGAUGGCGAGAGUAUAUAUGCGGAGCUUGAACCGGGGGCCUUUUUUGGCGAAAUCGGUGUACUAAUGGAUCGUCCGCGGACAGCAACCAUCAUCGCCCGCACUCGAUGCUUACUGGUCGUGUUAACCAAGGAGGAUUUCCGGAAAAUUCUCCCUCGGUUCCCCGACGUGGAACGGGCAAUUCGCGACGAGGCCCAGGAGAGACUGAUGAUCCUGGAGAAGAAGAAGAAGGAGACCUCUGUACCAUCGGUUGAUUUUGUGAGUCCGGUCAGGAGAGGCUCGAAGAGAUUGCGGGACACAUACUCCGGUGACCUGAACCUCACGGAUCAGGACGGCAGAAGCUUGAAGUCCGUCAAUAAAAAGCGAAAGUCCCCGAGUCCUGGAUUGGCUGAUGGAUCCUCCAGUGCGCUGGCGAACGGGCUGGUAAAUGUCCGUUUACUUCUCAAGGAGCUGCCCCUCUUCUCCGGUUUGCCGCCAGAUAUCCUCCAUUUCCUAGGCCUGAAUGCGCAACCGCGCUCCUACCCGCCAUUCACCGAUAUUAUCAAGCAGGACUCCCAGGGUCGGGAGAUCUAUUUCAUUGUCCGCGGGGAGGUCGAGGUUCUGUCGGAGAGAGCAGCAAACAAUCAUGCGCAAUCGUUGCCAAAUAAGAUCGAGCACCCUAGUUUCGAAGUCAAAGCCCGGCUGAAACAGGGGCAAUACUUUGGUGAAGUUGUGAGCCUCUCCCUGGCACCACGCCGGACCGCCACCGUGCGAUCCAUAAGUGCGGUGGAAUGUCUGAUGAUCAGCGGUGAUGUACUAGUAGAUAUCUGGGAGAGAUGUCCUCCAAAAGUUCGCGAACAGGUGGAAAGGACCGCCAAGGAGCGGCUUCAAGCAGCGUCUGAUGGCGACGUUGUGAUGUCAGAAGCGGGAAGCGACGAGCAACCUGCUGGCGAGCUGAGUGUCGAUGAUAACUUCAAGAUGAGGGCGGGCCGCAGACAAUCCAUGCCUCUUCUAACCUUAACAGAGACUGAGUUAGACAGCACUCCGACUGCCAAAGGUCUAGAUGAACCAAGUGUGCUGCGGCCUUCCGAUCCGGAUCCUUUCCUCAGUGUUGGCCUAGACAAAGUCCGGCUGCGAAGCCGGCGCAGCUCCGUGGCGCCAUUGACGCCGGAGGAGGUUUCUGGGGAGCAACAGAGAUCUUCGCCCUCAUCUGAGCCUAGGUCUACUAGCUCGUCCUUUCUCACGCUUCCCGGGGCCGGUGAGUUCUCAACACCGUCAGAGACGGUCCGUGAGCCACGUCGUGACAACCACGGGUAUCUUCCCGAUCGGGUCCUGUUGGUUAUAUUUCAGCAUCUCGAGCUUCAUGAUCUACUUCGCCUCAGGGCGGUCUCUAUGCACUGGUCAGAGAUUCUCAGCAAGUCAACGGAGCUGCUUCAUUACCUGGACCUGAGUACCUAUAACCGGUGCGUCACGGAUGACGUACUGGUGAAGAUCAUUUGCCCAUUCGUAGGUAGUCGGCCGCGAUAUAUCGACAUUAGCAAUUGCUUCCAUAUAACGGACGAAGGGUUCAGCAAGUUGGUUGCGACGUGCGGAUCCAACGUUGUCACCUGGAAAAUGAAGAGCGUUUGGGAUGUCACCGCAUCGGCUAUUCUUGACAUGGCGAGCAAGGCGAACAGCCUACAGGAGGUUGAUCUGAGCAAUUGUCGAAAAGUUGGGGAUACGCUCCUAGCUCGAAUUGUAGGCUGGGUAUCUCCUGGUCAGCAUAAGCCACACGACGAGUCGAAACCGGGGAAGGCGUCUAUGAAGCCUACCAAACAGACGGCCGCCGGGACCGUAUACGGCUGCCCCGAACUCAAGAAAUUAACCUUAUCCUAUUGCAAGCAUGUUACGGACCGGUCGAUGCACCACAUCGCAUCGCACGCUGCUUCCAGGAUCGAGCAGAUGGACCUUACCCGUUGCACUACCAUUACCGACCAAGGCUUCCAAUUCUGGGGUAAUGCUCGGUUCACCAAUCUCCGCAGACUCUGCUUGGCGGACUGCACGUAUUUGACUGACAACGCUAUCGUGCAUCUUACGAAUGCAGCAAAGCAGCUGCGGGAGCUAGACUUGUCGUUCUGUUGUGCUCUGUCCGACACGGCUACAGAAGUACUUGCUCUGCAAUGUUCGCAACUGACCUACCUCAAUAUGUCUUUCUGUGGCUCUGCCAUAUCAGACCCAUCUCUGCGCUGCAUCGGCCUGCACCUGUUACAUCUUAAACGUCUUUCCGUCCGGGGCUGUGUCCGGGUAACCGGUGCCGGUGUUGAGGCGGUUGCAGACGGCUGCAACCAACUGACAUCCUUCGAUGUCAGUCAGUGCAAGAACCUCCUCCCAUGGAUUGAAGGCGACGGACCCCGCAAAUACGGGAAGAAGAUAUCAUUUGAGACCGUUGCGCAAAACGGAAGGGUCUUUCGCUGA